AUUGCACGCGCAUGCAUGCGUCACUUAAGGUGUUUCAUCUUUCUUACGGUUAGAACACGUGUUACGUGUUUUUGGCCGUUUAAUAUCACAUUUUCAUUACCUCCUUAUCGAUUCCAGUAUCUCGUAAAUUCAAUCAUGUACAAAGAAGAUUUUAAUGCGUACGUGGGUAGCAAAUCCGGAGUUUUUAAAGGUGUUCAGAUAUCGAAGAAGGCAUGCAUAACAAAAAACUUGCAGAGUCUGGUUUCCAUAACGGAUGGUCACCAAAUGACACAAAUGGCAUGGGGUGAUAACAACGAAAAAGAAAUUCUAUUGGCAUGCGGUAAAAAUGAAAUCCAGAGUGUACGGACUUAUGACACAGAGAAUUUGGCAUUUACAUCUACGUUUCAUUGCGAUGUUGGAAGUGGCGGUAUUAAUGGAAUCAGUCGAUGCGAUAGCGGGGUGCUAACGGCGGUAGAAUCUGGACAUGUGACUUUAUGGACAUUUUCCAAUGGCGGUCAACUAGUUGUAAAUGCAGGAGAGAAUUUGCACAGAAUGAAGCACGAUAAAACCAACAAAAAUAUCAUCGCUACAGGUGGCUUGGAACAUGAACUGAAACUUUUUGAUUUGGAAACACAGAAGCAAACAUUUGUUGCAAAAAAUGUUCCACACGACUGGUUACAGUUAAGAGUUCCCGUUUCUAUAUCCGACAUUGAAUUUCUACCAAAUUCAACUAAAGUGGUCACCGUUGGUAAAUUUGGACAUAUACGCCUGUACGAUCCCACGUCUCAAAGAAGGCCAGUGAUCAACUUGGAGAUAAAAGAAACUGCCCUCACCUGUCUAGCUACAUGUGGUAGGGAAAGACACAUUAUCGUUGGUUCUGGGCGAGGAACAUUGAAUCUCAUUGAUUUGCGGAACGCAGGACGAGUAUUAAAUAGUUAUAAAGGCUGCACAGGAGGCAUAACCGCGAUAGUUUGUAGCAAUAGCGAACCUGUUGUCGUCAGCAGUAGUCUGGAUAGACAUUUGAGAAUUCAUCACUUGGAAACGAAGGAAUUGUUACGACAGGUAUACUUGACGUCCAAAUUAACUUGCAUGGUAGUACGGUCCAACUUUGGCUUAGAAGAAAACGACACGUUUCACGAAAAUGCCAAUAAAAACGAAGAUAUAAUCGACACCUGGGCCUAAGAUGGUAAAACGAAGAAAAGUUUUAUGAGCCACCAUUAAUAAACGGCAUCUUGAAACGAA